AUGCCUUCAUACAAAGACAACCCUCCGGACCAGGAGUAUCUAGACUCGAUCAAGAAACAUACCGACAAGGAUACCAACAAGGUCAAUCUCGGGCUCGUGGCCAAGGACUUUGGCUAUACCACUGCAAAGUCGUUUUACAAGAAGUAUGCCAAACUGAAGAAAGCACACAAUCUGACCAACGGCCACAUCUAUGGUGACAUCAAGCUAGAGAGCUCUCCCAUCAAGGCAGCUCCUACUAAGGCAUCCCUCACUAAGGCAUCCCUCACUAAGGCAGCCCCCACCAAGGCAGCCCCCACUGAGGAGGCUCCCGCCGACGAGACUUCUACUGCGGCGAAGGAACCUACCGAGAUUACCAAGAGCAUCAUGGAUAUUGUGAGCGAGCACGCGAAGGCAUAUUCAAAGCAACAGGAAGCUAUGCUGAAGGGCAAAAGCUCGGAGGAGGAUAAGAAGAACUAA